AUGUUCAUACUUACCACGAUUCAAGACUUGAUACAGAUCAAGCCGCAGGACUUUGAGAAGCCUAGCGCACAAGCCAUUAAAGAUGUAGUCAACGACAAAUACAGCAAUAGGAUCGUUCCCGGAAUUGGUCUUUGCCUCUGUAUGUGGGAUCUUAUUUCAGCAACUGAAGGCUUGAUCGGUCACGGGACUGGACUUGUCAACGUUAACAUCGAAUUUCGCAUGGCUGUCUUCCGUCCUUUCCGCGGCGAGAUCAUAUAUGGACGGAUCAAGUCUUCCAACGAAGAAGGCAUCAUCCUUGACCUGGAGUUCACCUCGGAAGUCUUCGUUCCCUACCAAAACCUGCCAGAAAACUCGUCUUUCUCCAAAGCUGAGAUGGUCUGGAUCUGGAACUCCGAAGGCACGGAACUGUUCUUCGAUAAGGGCGAGCCAGUUUUAUUCAGAGUAGAGCAUGAAGAAUGGUACGACCAAAGGCCAACUAUCGUGGAGAAGGAUGAGAAGGGUGAGAUCGUUGAAGAGAGACCGACAGCCUGGAAGAUCAUCGGCUCGAUGGGCCAACCUGGUCUUGGCCCAACACUUUGGUGGGCCGAAGGCGGAGAAGAGGAGGAAGAGGGCGAAGAAGGCGAUAUAGAGAUGGAGGGCGCCGAGGAAUGA